AUGAUUCGAGUGAGAGUUAAGAACGUGUGGUCUACUCUAGAUGUCGAGAAUGGUGAAGGGCUCAGUUUCAUGGUUGUUGAUGAUGAGGGCACAAGGAUGCAUGCAUUCGUCGAGCAUUUCGCUGAUGCCAAGAGAUUUAAGAGACUUCUUCAGCAAGGAGACUGGUUCACGAUAACUGGUUUCUCAGUUGUUAUUGUCCGCAAUGAGAUUCCUUCUCAGGCGGACCAAGUUUGUUACAUCCCAUAUCCGUACGUUAGUAAACCAAGAAAGUGCUGGCUAAAUGUUCUUAAAGUUAAUCCAAGGGCAAAUAUUUUGGGGAAUUACAAGGAUAAAGAACCAACUCUUCUUCAACAAGAAAAUGACGACGAUGUGUCGACAACAAACGAAGAUAUCAUAAUAGAUAGUCUGGUGAUCAGAGAACAUCCAACAGAAGAAAUUGAUUUUGAUGUCGGAGAUGCCCAAGGAGAAGAUGAAUUUCAGUGUAACAUAUCAUCUUCGGAUGAAGAUGAAUAUGAUGAGGAUGGGGAUGAGGAUGAAGAUGUAGAUCACACAUACUAA